AUGAGGAUGGUCAUGGUGCUGCUGCAGCCUGCUGCAGGCAGACAGGGCCCCUUCGCCCAGCGCAUGGAGCACAUGCUCACGCCACAGGAGCUCCUCUCGCUGGGAGGCUCUGCCGACGCCGCUGCUGCAACCGCUGCUGCUGCUGUUGCUGCUGCGGCUGCUGCUGCUGUAGGAAGGAAAGGGAAGGGCAGUGGCAGUGGCGCUGGCAAGCAUCAUAGAGCUCUCAGGGUUCUGAGGUGCUUGAAGCGUUUUCCCUCUCUCCCUACCCCAUUCCCCGCCUUCUCUCCCCCUCCGCCCCGUUUCCCCCUCCCUCCCCCAAACAUGUCAUACGCGCAGAUGUGCUGCACUCGCGCCUGUUUCUGGGCGACAUUCGAGUAUAUCCCCUCCCCGUUCCCACCUCCAUUACCUCUCCCCUGCCGCGCCUUAUCCCCAACUCCCCCAGGCACGUCAUACACGGAUGUGCUGCAUUCGCGCCGUCCCUGUGCCCAGUCCAAGUUCGGCACCCCAUUGGACGCACAGGCUCUCACUGAUGCCUACCUGCUGCACACGUUCGGCACCCCAUUGGACACACAGGCGCUCACUGAUGCCUACCUGCUGCACGCGCUGAACCAUGCCUUUCACACGCGCGACCGCAUCACCAAGAACACGAAAAGCUCAACCGCGCCUCUGCUGCUUCCUGUGUGUCACUCCCCUCUUCCACUACCCACCUCUCUUCCCAUCUUUUCUCCUUCUCACCCCCUCAUCUAUUCUCCUCCCCAGCUGAACCACAUCUUUCACACGCGCGAUCGCAUCACCACGACAAGCCCAACCGCGCCUCUGCUGCUCCCUAUGUGCGGGGUGGUGGUGGAUGGGAAGGAGUUGGUGGAGGUGGAGAGCAUCCCCAGGGACCAGGGCUUUACCAGGCCCAAGGUUCUAAUUCUACUGCCGUACCGCAAUGCUGCUCUGAGCGUGGUGCAGAGGCUGUUACGUGUGACGCCACCCCAGUCCAAGGUGGCAGUGGAGCAUUUGGAUCGCUUUCUUGCUGAGUUUGGCGAGGUGGAGAGCGAGGAGGAGGAGAGUGAGGAGGAGGACGAGGAGGAGAGGAGAAAGGCGAGGGAGAGGAAGAGGAGAAAGCAGCAGCAGCAGGUGGGCCGUGGGAAGGCAGUGAAGCUCUACACCGACUUCUACCAGUCUGACAUCGUCGUUGCCUCUCGUAUCGUACCCCAUCGUAUCUUCUGUUCCAUCCACCCCCCCCCAUCCCCUGCCCAUCCCCCGCCCAUCCCCCUGCCCAUCCUCCACCCAUCCCCCGCCCAUCAUCUCAGGAAGGCAGUGAAGCUCUACACGGACUUCUACCAGUCUGACAUCAUCGUUGCCUCGCCCAUCGGUCUCGUCACCAAGCUGGGGGAGGCUAUGGAGGACAGCGAAAAGGACAUGGACUUCCUCUCCUCCAUUGAGAUUGUCAUUGUGGACCAAGCUGAUGUCAUCCUCAUGCAGAACUGGGCUCACGUGGAGGCGGUGUUUGCGCAGCUGAACAAGCUGCCAGUGAAGCAGCAUGGCACCGAUUUCAUGCGCGUGCGAGAGUGGUACCUGAACGGGUGGGCGGGGCACUACCGGCAGUCCAUUGUUCUCUCCGCCUUCUCCCACCCCUCCAUCAACGCUCUGUUUCACCGGUCCUGCUGCAACUUCUCAGGCAAGGUGAAGCUUCGAUCCGAGUACGCAGGAGUGCUGGCCCUGGUGGUACCGCAGGUGCAGCAGGUGUUUGACCGCGUUGACUGCACUGCCAUCACAGCAGCAGCAGAGGCGCGCUUCCAGUUCUUCGUCUCCACCAUCUUCCCGCGCCUCCGCGACUCAGUCCAGGGGGGCGUGCUGGUAUACACGCAGUCCUACUUUGAGUUUGUGCGCCUCCGAAACUUCUUCAAGCAGGAGAACCUCUCCUUCUGCCUCCUCUCCGAGUACACGGACGAGCGCAACGUGCAUCGGGCGAGGGCAUGGUUCUUUCAGAACCGGCGGCGCAUCAUGCUGUACUCGGAGCGAUCGCACUUCUACCACCGCUACCGGGGGGAAGGGGGGAAGUGGGGAGGUAAGAUAAAGGGGGGAGGGAAGGGAAAGGGGAGGUCAUCUUCUACUCGCUGCCGUGCUACCCACACUUCUAUGCUGAGGUGCGCGGGUGGUGGAGGGGAUGAGACAGGGGGGGGGGGAAGGGGAAGAGCGGAGGGAGUGGAAAGGGAAUGGGGGGGGGAGGGCGAAGAGGGAGGCAUUCCUCAACCCUUUAAUAGGGGGGACAACGCGGUUGAUAAAGGCUUCUCAAACCACCCCUGUCCCCUUCCCCUUGUGUCUUGUCACUCCCCAAACCCCUCAUCGCAGUUCCUCAACCCUUUAAUAGGGGGGACAACGCGGUUGAUAAAGGCUUCUCAAACCACCCCUGUCCCCUUCCCCUUGUGUCUUGUCACUCCCCAAACCCCUCAUCGCAUUCCUCAACCCUUUAAUAGGGGGGACAACGCGGUUGAUAAAGGCUUCUCAAACCACCCCUGUCCCCUUCCCCUUGUGUCUUGUCACUCCCCAAACCCCUCAUCGCAGUUCCUCAACCCUUUAAUAGGGGGGACAACGCGGUUGAUAAAGGCUUCUCAAACCACCCCUGUCCCCUUCCCCUUGUGUCUUGUCACUCCCCAAACCCCUCAUCGCAUUCCUCAACCCUUUAAUAGGGGGGACAACGCGGUUGAUAAAGGCUUCUCAAACCACCCCUGUCCCCUUCCCCUUGUGUCUUGUCACUCCCCAAACCCCUCAUCGCAGUUCCUCAACCUGCUCGAAGGGGGGAACAACGCUGAUAAGGGCUGCUCCGCUCUCCUGCCCCUGCCUUCCCUAUCCCCCACCCCCUUUCGUGCCUCCCUGAACCCCUCGUCGCAGUUCCUCAACCUGCUCGAAGGGGGGAACAACGCUGAUAAGGGCUGCUCCGCUCUCCUGCCCCUGCCUUCCCUAUCCCCCACCCCCUUUUCGUGCCUCCCUGAACCCCUCGUCGCAGUUCCUCAACCUGCUGGAAUGGGGAGACAACGCGGCUGUUAG